CGGCGUAGGGCGUCCCAUGUGGUCAUUGAAAACCUUUAACAGCUGUCAGUGCGUCCGUAAGCUGUGCUUUAGGGUCAACUGGAUAUGUAGAAUGAUUUUCGAGGGAUCCUGUAUAUGAAAAAUGAGAUUAGACCUGCCAUCAUGUGUAGCCCUGUGUUCUAUCUGGGCUGUUGUGAGGUGCACGCACUCCCUCAAAGGCCAGGUGUCAGCCCCCGCAUCUUCUGAUUCGGUCGUCUCCGAAAAGCAUUCGGAAGAAGAGGAGGGUCCCAGCGGCCUUCAGCAUCUCCACGAGGGUGUGUAUCUCAGUUCGUUCGUCAGGGACGAAGAGGCACGAGCCCAAGAACAGAAUGGGAAGCAUCCAUUCAGCAGAAAUCGUGAGCGACCUUCUCGUGGAAAGAAAAAGAAACGUAUUCCAAUGGAAGGUAGUUGGGAAGAACCAAUGAAACGUGGGGAACAUCAGACAACUCCUCCUCCCAAAAAGAGAUUUAUUGGUGAGGUUGAUUCCAGCACCUUUCUACAUUCAGAAAUUGAAGACAGUCCAGUUUUGAACACAGAACAAACAGAGAGGAAAGUGGGAUCCAAGAAGCCUUUCAGUUCACGAUCACCAAAGAAGCCAGCUAGACCCAAUAUUAUUCUCCUCAUCACCGAUGAUCAAGAUGUUGAAUUAGGUUCUAUGAACUUUAUGCCAAAGACACUUCGCUUGCUGAAGGAUGAAGGUGCAACUUUUUCAAAUGCUUAUGUAAGUACCCCAAUGUGUUGCCCAUCAAGGAGUUCAUUGCUGACUGGUCUCUAUGUCCACAAUCAUGGAGUCUAUACCAACAACGAAAACUGUUCCUCAGCUGAGUGGCGAAGAGAUCAUGAGCCCAGGUCUUUUGCCCCAUAUUUGGCACAAGCAGGAUAUCGGACAGGUCAGUUUUAUAGUUAGCACAUUG